AUGAAACAGAAAUCAGGCAGCAUUAUCAGUUGUGAUCUAACUGGUAGUAGUACUAAUAACUACUACACGAGUAGUGAUAAUGGCAGUUGUUUUAAUGACAGUGGAAAUCUUAGUCCUACAGCAAUAAACCUUUUGCCGAAAAAUUUGUUAGACAGUCCAGUAUCUCACGGUCAACAGUGUUUACAGUCACCUUCGUCGCCUAUAUCAUUUAUGAAGAAACAAAAGAAGUCGUCUUUUCAAAUUCCUGUUAUGAAGUUGAAAUCGAAUUAUGAAAACAAUAUACAAGUUGAAAUUAUGUCAGACAAUAUGUCUAACACGAAAGUUAACAAAAAUCCAUAUAUCAUUGAAAAUUUAAUUCUCUUACCAAUGACCCGGUCAUUUAUUCAUUUGUCAAAGAGAUUUGAAUGGGAUUUAAAAGAUGCUAAAUCGAAUUUUAACUUGAAUAAAAAAGCUGUUGUCAGAUCUACUCGGUUGAGCAACACAAGCAGCAGCGGUAGUUGUAGUAGUAGCAGUAAUUACGUCACAGAUGACUCACCAUCGUCAUCAGCGCCAUCGUCACCGACGUCAGUAUCACUUUCUCACCAGCAUAUGAAGAUAAAUCACAGGAAACAUCUUCUUUUAAAGUUAUACGAAGACUAUCUUGAAACGUAUGGAUAUUCAAAACGUUCAAAAUUAUUUGUUAAAUAUGCUAUGAGAAAUUUUCCUGAAUGUGAAGAAAAAACCACUUUGUUAAAAUUAAUAAACAAGCAUAAAUUAUCGAUUAAUUCAUUGCAUUAUUCAUAUGAAUUAUCUAAAAAUCACAUUGAUGAUAUUAGUAAUAAUAAUAAUAACAUGAAUUAUGAGACUUCUGAUCACUUUUCAAAGGCUGGUAGACUUUCAUCACCAUCAUCGUCAUUUUCAGGGAAAUCAAUUUCAUCAUUAUCGUCGUCAUCAAUUUCAGCCUUGUAUUCACCUCAGUAUCCUUAUCAAUAUAGAUCAUUUUUAACGAAUGAUUAUCAUCAAGGCUGGAAGUAUUAUAACUAUCACCAGUAUGAUCAAAGUUGUUCACCAGAAUUAUUUGACGAUUAUUUAGUAGAUACAUCGAAUACUCAUAUUCCUUCAAAAGUUACUUCAUCAAAUCUUUUAAACUACAAAAUACAACGAAGCAACAUCUUGACACGUUUUAAUUUCAAAAAGACGAAGACGACUCCCAAUGGUGAUAAACAGAAUCAAAGAGAUAAACACUUGAAUAUACGAUAUAAAAGUCAAGUAUGCAGACAUUUCGAAGAACGUGAUGGUUAUUGUCCUGUUGGUUCACAGUGUCAUUUUGCACAUGGUAAUGAAGAAUUACGUGAUCCUAAAAGUCAUCCGAAAUUUCGUAGUCGACUAUGUCGUUAUUAUUCAACAACUGGAUAUUGUUUUUAUGGUGAUAACUGUUACUUUAAACAUUCUACAGAGAAGUCAUCACCACAGUCAGUGGAUAUAAUAUCUGAAACAGUGAAGGAUAAAGAAAAUCUAUCGCCUGAAUCAACUAGUCAUAAAAAUAAACAAUUAUUGAAUUCGAAAAAGAAAAAAACGCAAAAAGAAAAUAAACUGUACAACUCCUUGAAAUAA